AUGUUGAUCCUAUCCUGUUCUUCCAAGUUGCACUUCCUGGAAGGGCUGCUGAAGAAAAGCCUCCCUCAGACACUUCAGGUCUAUGGUGCAGUCAUGAACAUAAACCGUGGGAACCCAGUGGGCCAUGAGGUGAUUGUGGAUUCUUGGCCAGAUUUCAAGGCGGUUCUGACUCGCCCACAGAGAGAGGCUGUUUCUGACAGUGCGGAUUCGUUUAACAAUAUAUAUGCAGCAUUUUAUCGGGAUCUUGAUGCUUACCGGAGACUGUUGCUGGACACAGAUGCCAUCAGCUGGGACCAAGCCUUUUCUCUCUGUGGGAACCAUGAUGGGAUAUACGAAGUCUCUAAAGAUGCUGUUGCUGUCAAGAAAGUCCAGUUGACUGCAAUUCCCUACUUCAUCUACCUGGACCCCAAGCCAGAUAAAGAGCCUCAGCCCCGGCUAGAUCCAGGCUUCACUUUUUCCUCCUUGAAUAGCUCCCACAUUGACCUGCUGAAUGAAACGUGGCACUAUGGGGGCAGUGAACACAGCCGGAAAUACCUGGACAACAUGGUGAGAUGUUUCCCCAGUACCUGCAUCCUGGACUCCAAUGGUCAUCCUAUCAGCUGGAUCAUCAUGGAAUCUUGGGGCUCAAGUGGACACAGCUAUACCCUUCGAUCCCACCGCCGAAGGGGCUAUUCAUAUAUGGUGCAGAGGGCACAUGGCAUGCGUGUCCAUGCUGCUGGCUUCCCUUUUUAUGGCCUUGUUGCCCUAGAUAAUAACCCCCAGCAGAAACUGCUGGAGUCUCUUGGCUUCCAAAGAUUAUCUGAACCGUGUCAUUAUUGCAUCCAUUCUCCAGCUUCUCAGUGA